AUGGGAUUCUCGUCGACCAUCCCCACCGCCUCCUCCUCUGCUGCCUUGCCGUCGGGCUCCUGGCGGCAUCUCCAACUAUCUACCACCACCCGGGUGUUUCUCCUCCGACCAGCCCCGUCUCCGGCGAAGGCCACCCCCUUGCUCAUCCCAGUGCCGGGAGAGACGAGAGGACGCCCCGCCGCAGCGGCUCCGUUCGUCGGGGGUCAAGUUCGGUUCGGCUUCAGCAAGGUCUGCUCCCAGAAGAUGGCGGGGGAAACCGCUCCUGCUGCAGGCGAAUCCUUUGGAGCCGGGGAAGGCAAGCCGGAGCUGCUGGUGUUUGGUAGUGAGGAGGAGCUGUCGGUCUCGUUGGCUAAGUACACGGCAGAGCUCUCGGAGAAAUAUGCCCAGCAGAGGGGGGCCUUCUCCGUUGUUGUGUCUGGCGGCUCCCUCAUUAAGUCUCUGAGGUAAUUUCUGGAUCUUAGAUCGUGGUGUUCAAUUGUUGUCUGAUCGGUCGUUCCCAUGGUGAUAUCUGCUUGUUGUGGUGUCGUUGAUAGGAAGCUAUUGGAAUCUCCAUAUGUAGAAUCAAUUGACUGGAAAAAAUGGCACGUCUUCUGGGUCGAUGAACGGGUUGUGCCAAAGGAUCACGCUGACAGCAACUAUAAGCUUGCAUAUGAUGGAUUUCUUUCUAAGGUAGAGGAGAAAUAUGACAAUCGUGGUCUAAGACAUGUUUUCUGCUUUUCUUUGAAAUUUAUUUUGUACUUUUAUAUAAUUAAUUUAAUUUUAUGGAAACGUUGGAAGUUUUGACUAUUAAUAUGUUUCUUCGAACAGUUUAAGUGCCGUGUUGAACUUGAUGAUUGUGUUCAUGCUGAUUCAGGUUAAAUUUCAUUGAUUAGCCCCGUCACAUUUCUUUUUCAAUCCUUUGGCUUUUGGCUCAAUUUUAGUUUCAUAACGGGAAGAUGCCAACUUCCUGGUACCCAUUGCACUCAUAUUUUUUAUGCAUUUCAUGGAAUAUGUCAGAAAUUUGAAGAACCAUGGCUAGCCGAUUCAUCCGCACAUCAUUUUAAAUAAAAAGUCUGGAACAAAAGUAAGAAGUAGGUUAUCAUGGGGCUCAAAUUUCUUUGAUUAUUCCAUUGAUUUUCAUUGGCAUCUUCUUUAAAUUAGUUAUGUUUAGCAAUACGAGACUUGAUAGUAGAUAAUGUUAGACAUGAGGGAAAAUAAGAUAUUGUUGGCAUCUUAUUCGAAGACAAGUAAUUUUCUUUUUAUCCAUCUGGUUCGCUACUUGUUAUUGAUAUUCACCAGGAAGGUUACAUUUGUUGUAUUAUCCGAUGUAGAAUGCUUUCUUUUGUGUCAGACUAAUCACGUAAACACAAUAACAAAACCACCUGCUGUGGUUUAUUUGGACUAGACUGCUCAAGGGCCGGACCUAGCCGCAUUCCACCUAGUGUUUCCCUAUAUGAGGUAAAAAAUAAAAUCUCCUAGGUGCAUUGCUGGUUUAAAUUGAAAUGAAUCUUCAGAAUUGAAAAUCAUCCCUUCUAAUCGUCAAAAUUAAGAAUCUACUUAAAGACUCGAUUUUCAAACCAAAAAAAUGUCUCAAUGGUUCCUUUGUUUCAUUUUAUCACGUAAUGGGAUCAACAGGAGUGAAUAAACAGACUACAGGAUUAGAAAGUAUUUAGUGUAUUUGUCUAGCAUUCUUCAUGAAACUAACUUCCAAGAAGUAAUAUUUUUUAAAAUGCUCGAGUGAGUUUACCUUUUUGUUUGCCAAAAUUUUGAAAUCAUUGCAUCCCACGUAAACUAUAUAUUCAUUCAUUUAUAGCUUGCGAUCACGUUGGCAUUUGCUAAUCAGUGAAAUAUGGUGAUGAUAUAUUUAAUUUGGUAUCCCAUGAACUAAAAUAAUUUAUCGUUCAAUAUAAUUUUGUUUAUGUGAUUGGUGUUAUGAAAGGAUGCUUAUUUGUACGUUCGUUGACAACCAGCCUUUUCGGGUAAGAUUAGAAUUAAGAAGUAGUUGAUUUUAUGUCAAGCUGAAGAAGCCAUUAUACAUCCUGAUGAUGAAUUUCAUUGUAGCAAGAAAUAGUCAAAAAAAUAAUAACGAAUGUAUGCCAGAUGUGGAACUGUGUGGUACCAUUAAUGUUGGGAGCAUGUAUAUAUGAUAGGGGUCUGAGUUGUGCCAUCAAAAGACUACGAUGCGAUUCUCGUUUGACUUGAUUUAUUUAACUUGGCUUAGAAAAAUUAAAAUGUUAGUUCUUUAAUUAACUAAAUUUGAUGAAUUUAUUUAAAGUAACAGGUGUUAAUGUUUGUUCUUUAAUUAAAUUAUGAUUCCAUGCAGAAUUUGGAUGAAUCUUUGUUCGUCCACUGGUUUUUAUAACAGUGGGAAAAUUUUGACGGAAAAAUCUCUUUUUGUUUAUCUAAUUGCCAGGUACCGAUACCUCCUGGACAGGUUUAUGCAAUCAAUGAUUCACUUUCUGCUGAAGGUGCUGCGGAUGAUUAUGAGACUUGCUUGAAGCAGCUGGUUAAAACAAGUAUUCUAGGGUUUUCCUCAACCACCAGUUUUCCACGGUUUGAUCUUAUGCUUUUAGGAAUGGGCCCUGAUGGUCAUGUAGCAUCCCUCUUCCCAAGUCAUCCUCUUGUUCAUGAGAAUUCUAGGUGGGUUACCUUCAUAAAAGACUCACCAAAGCCACCCCCAGAGAGAAUAACUUUCACAUUCCCAGUGAUAAAUUCAUCUGCCAAUAUUGCACUAGUUGCCACGGGAUCUGGCAAAGCUGGUCCUGUGCAGAGAGCUCUAGGGACUGGAUACAAUUCUUCUGACUUGCUACCUGUUCAAAUGGUUUCACUUGUGGAUGGAAAAAUGACUUGGUUUACUGACAAGGAGGCUGCCUCAAAGUUGCACGGGGAUGCUUUACUCUGA